AUGGCAGCAACUAAACCGCAAAUGCCCCUUCAACCCGCUAGGAGGACUCAAAAUCCGGUCCAACAACCACCAGGCACCAAUUCAUCAUCACAACCGCGCAUCGGGCCGCUGCCUCAAACAUUGCUACAAGGACAGAAUGGUGUCCCUGUAGCCCAAAGCGGGCAAACAAACAAUGUCACACAGAAUCCUGCACUCCAAAGAGCCAUGGCGCAAGCCGCCUCUGCUCAGAGUAACGCUGCUCAGGUCUUUGCGCUCCUAGCUCCCCACAUGGAGAGUCUCACGCAGGCCUACAGGGCCGGAAACUUGUCUGAGGAACAAAGGCAACAGCUUCAAGUCAUUCUUGCUACAUACGGACGGCACUUUCGGUUGCAACAGACGCGGCAGCAAUCGCAGCAGUCUCAACCACAGCAAUCAUCGGAUACCACGAAUGGUGCCCAAGAUCACAGUGCUCAGUCAUCUGUGCCAUCGGGAACUCAGCAACGAUCGCAGGACGCGGCAGCUUUACAUGCCCAAAACAGAGCAUCCCCUAAUCAUCCUCAGCCUAAUUCCACCGCAUCGAACCCUUCGACAUUACAUCCAGCAUUGUUGUUGAAAAGUGCCUCUAUUCCAGGGAUGCCUCCUCCGGGAUAUGUAGCACCAAACGGGUGGACUCCUACGAUUAAUGGCGCUCCACCUCCUCCAAUUGCGGGGACGAAGCGCAAGACACCUCCGCCGUCCAACCCAAGUGCUGAGCAGCAACAUGCACCUUUACCGCCUGCUGCGCAACAGCGACAGCCAUCUCAGCAACCUGUCAGACCCCCAACUCAACAAAGCUCUUCGUAUGUUGCGCCGGAUCCAAUAAAGAACCUGGCGAUUCAAUUUAACUACAGAGGAAGUUCAGAACUCGACGCCCCUGACCCUCGGCCACAACCAUGGCCAAACGCGGUUGGCUCGCGUCCUACUCUGACAGGUGGUCUGGGAGGAGCCUCUCUCACCCUGUGUACACCGACACUCCUUGUGCACCCCUCGAUGGAUACGGAGGUGUUGGAUCCCACCACUACCGUGCCUGUCGACAGUACCACGGCGGCCUCCAAUGGACCUGGAGGCACAAGCACGCUAUCGAAGGACACAAAACCUGGAGGCGGACUAGUAAGCAACAAACGAACAGUCAUGGAUAUCAUUACCAGUGUGGACCCAAAUGUCAAGGUGGAUCCAGACGUGGAGGACUUCAUGCUUGAGCUAGCAGACGAGUUUAUCGAUUCCGCAACCCACUUUGCAUGUAGAUUGGCCCAGCAUCGUGGAUCCGAUUCUUUAGAUGCGAAAGAUUUACAGCUUUACUUAGGUAUCACAUUCACUGGACGUGCUUUCAAACUAACACUCAGCAGGUUUAUUCCCAUAGAAGGUAGUAUGAACCUUCGAAUACCAGGUCAUUCCUCUGAUGAUACGCGAGUGUCGAUGUCACUCUCACAUGCUUCCGCAACGGGGGCAAACAGUGGAGCUGCAGACUUACUGGCUCUCACUACGGGGACUGGUGCACGCGUGGGCAAACUACCAGGACAGGGGAACAUCACGAAGGCGACUAAGGCCUCUAAAGCAGAGAAGAACAAAGACAAGGAAAAAGAUGCCGAUAUUCGCUUAGGCCGAGGUCUCAGAAGCAUACGACUGGCAGCAGUCAAGAAUGCAAGACGAUAGACAUCAUUGGGUAUUGUUCAUGGACAUCAUACUUAGGUACAACCGAUAGCAUAAUGAUAUGGAUCCCAUAUUCAACAGGGAUAGAACAAACGUCCCAUGGACACUCGGCGUGGAAUAGUCCAAAAUAAGGCAAGGAAUGCCGUGCUGCAUAUAUGGAUGUAUCAGUGAUCCCCUCAAGCGAGCCGAAUGUGUGUCAGAAGAAACAUUUGGAAUUGUAUAAAUCGAUUUGUGAAUUUCGACAGCUGGCUUAGCCAGUUUCCGAAUCCUCGUGCUCAUCACUUCUCUUAAAAAUAGGAAAAAUUAAUCACCUUUUAGGUACGCUAGCAUCGGGUGACCUGCCAGAACAAAGACGUCAGUAUCCACAACGCAA